UGCGUGAGGUGUUUAGAAGUGAUUUAAUCGCCUCCAACAUCGCUCUCGUGAUUUCAACCAAAGUGUAGACGGUGUCAAGUAAAUUCGAGUGGAGUGGAGUGGAGUGGAGUGGUGGUACUGUAGCCAGAAGCAAAGAUCCUAUCGGGAAACGUGUUCAUGGUUCGAGGAGUGGGAAGGAAGCUCACCGACCCAAACUCGUGGAAUAGGAUAUAAGAGGUGCUGCAGUCGAAAGCACCCCACCUACGAAGCGACCGACUCUAGCAAGACUACCAUACUUACAUUCGCUGACCGCAAGACAUCGAAGUCGCCUCUCUGGAGUCUCUCAAACGAGGCCUACACGCCGCCUGGAACACAUCUCGAAACACGCACGCAUCCCCUCGGCCGACCGACACGGUAUACUUUAAUUUAUUAUCAAUCCAAUAAAAUGAAACUAGCCUGUACGUUGUGUGGGCUUCUCGUGGCAGUGGCGGUUGUCAACGCCGGUCCCGUCAAGAGACAAGCUGCUGAUGAGCUGAAUCCACUCAACGAAGUAUAUGUGGUCGAGGCUGACGGAGAUGCUGCCACCGACACUGAGAGAGGAGACAGGGAUAAGAGGAAAAUUGGAAUCAUCAAACUGGGUGCCACGAAUGGGAUCAUCAACUUCGUCUUCGGGAAACUAGACUCCUUCUUAGACGCGAAGACGAACGCACUGGCCGCCUUAGACGAAGGAAACAAAGCCAAGAAUGCGGCUUUUGGCAUUGACAACACCCAAUCAGCUACCGGCCAAUUUAUCAGUAACCUGAUAUCUCAGAAGAUCCAAGCUGGCACAGCCAGCAUCGGACCUCUAAUAUCCGGUGCCACGGCAUUCUUUUCAACCGCUAGCAACGGCAUAGGAAAUGCAGUUGCAUCCAAAAUCGGCCCCCUCAGCUCUCUCGUCAACACAUUCUCAUCAGGAGGUAGUCAGGAUGGCUCAGCCGGUGGUGGUCUCCUUGGUGGUCUGAGUGGUGGUCUCGGAGGAAUCUUGUCCUCAAAGAUCUCGACGAUCUCCAGUCUCAGCAGCGGAAGUGGCGGUCUGGGAGGUAUUUUAGGUGGACUUAGCGGCGGAAGUGGAGACACUGGAGGGUCCUCAAGCGGCACGACUGACUUCGGCGUUGGAACUAGUGGCGGUGACGCAAGUGCAGGAGCAGGUCUCAGCUUAGGAGGCUCAACCGGUGGUGGCCUGAACCUCGGCGCCUUCGCCAACGUUAACGGCGGGACCAUCGCAACGACGACCGAGGAUAUUCCCGAAUUUGACAGGACUCACGUAUCUCUGGAUGUUCCACCGACUGUUUUCGGUAGCGGAUACACCCUCAUUACCAACGUCAGCAAGGUGCUGAGCAGCGUAAUAACGAAUUCAGCCCGCAGAACACAGAACGUUUUGGAAAUAUUCAAGCCCUUCUUCCGCGGAGCUUUUGCAAUCAAAGGUCUACCCUCCGACAAUCCGAAAUAGAAGAAAAUAUGGGAGAUAAUGAAGACAAAGGAUCUGAAGAGUUAACUCAACUGAUCGAAAUCUUUGGAGAGCAACAAUCAACACUGGUAAAUGAUGCUCAGGAACGGUUCAGAAUGUACUAUAUUUUUCACAAUCCUAUUUAAUAUUUAUUUUUUAAAGUCUCCAAGGGUCGUAAA